AUGGCCGCAGAUCAUGGAUUGACAAAUAAUGACCUAGAAUUCAAUUCUCCAGAUCGCUUUACUCAGGCAGGAACCGAAAGGAAGAGGGCGAGAAAGGCUUGUCGGAUCUGCCAUUCGCAUAAGGCAAGAUGCAGUGGCACAACGCCGAAUUGUAGGAGGUGUGAACAGAGAGGAUACAUAUGUGAAUAUGAAUCUACAAGUAGAGGGGCAAGGAGGAGUGUGCCCAGACAUCCACCACCUGGAACAAGCCAAAAUGGCGAUAGUCCUGGAGCUGUGGUAAAUGCUGCCUCUGCUGGAGGAAGUCCGAUGGAGGUUGGAGAUGGAACAGAUGGCUUAGUGGAUCUUGGAAUCUCAAAAGCUACUACAAAGCGGUACAUAGAUGCGUAUUUUGAAUUUGUCUCUUCGACGCCUGGCAAAGGUUUCAUUCAUCGAGCCACAUUUCUAAGAAAUUGGAAUAAUGGUGCUGUAAAUCCAGCUUUAGUCAAAGCCAUGUGCGCUUCAUCAAUAGCGUUUGUCUCAAGAGAUGACGAAAGUCGUGCUGCAGCUCAGAAAUGGAUGAAUGAAGCGGAAAAUUACGUUUGGCAAAGUUUAAGCAGACCUUCUGCCGUGUUGGUGGAAGUUCUUCUUGUGAUUGUCUUUUAUAGAUUUGAACAUCGAGAAUAUUUCAAAUCACAAGCACUUACCGCUGUAGCAGCAAAAAUGGCAUUCGUAUUGGGGCUGAAUUAUGAAAAUAAUGGCCUGUCAACUUUGGUGAGAGAAUGCAGGAGGAGGUUGAUGUGGUCAAUUUUCCAUGUCGAUAGACUUUCUGCUGGAGGAUUUCCGGAAUUACUGGUUUGUCCUUCGCAUUCGAUGCACAUUCAAUUACCUUGUAGUGAAAAAGAUUUCGAUCUUGGUAUACCGGGAGAGACUGCUCCUUUGAUACCGUCUAGAACGAAUGAGUCUAAAUCUAUGCACUUGGGUUUGAGGUCAUUUUAUUUUCGAAUAUCUGACAUAAGGCAUCGCAUCCUAGAGUACACGAGGAAUGUGAUACGGGACAAAUCAAAUCCAUACGAUUCGCGAGACAUGUUACAGAAAUUAGAGGCUGGAUUGGAGCAACUUCGUUCUUCACUACCGGCAAACCUUCAAUAUAACGAAGAUAAUCUCUUCCUCCGAGCAUACUCACCACAACUAACGAGAUUCGUUAUGUUUCAUGUUUUAUGGCAACAGUGUCAUACUGAUCUUUACCGAUUCAUGUUUCCGGGAACCAAAGACUCGAUAUCUGAUACAAUAUUGGAAAAUACUCCUCAGGAAUACGUGCAGUAUUGUCAAAAGAAAGCGUUCGAACAUGCUGUUAUAACAUUGGACAUUUGCCACACAGUACAAAGUAUCGGGCAUACAUUGAUUAGUGAUACAGGAAUUGCAACAUGUGUAUAUCAAUGCAGUAAUAUAAUCAUAAGGACGGCAGAUAUUGUGGGAUUUUCGAGCGAAGAUGAGAGAUCUAGGAUAAUGGGUCGGUUGGAGAAAGUUACCGAUAUCUUAGAAGGGUUGAGGGAGGUCAACACUCAUGUCGAUGAUAUUUAUCGCAACGUCAAAGAAAUCCUUCACCCCUUCAAAACCUCUCAAACCCGCCGACUCUUCGCCACACCGUCUCUUAGAGUCUCUGCGCCUUCUCUCUUCACCUCUGGUGUAACACCAGGUCCUCUCUCUUUGGACCAUGUUAACUACACAAAUGGUGACAGCACACUACCAAAUCACAAUUCCCUCAAUCUCAACACGACAGGCGUCCUCUCGCCCACAACUGAAAGCGCUACAACGUUGGGUCUGCUAGAGAUUGGAAAUACAAAUGAUCACUAUGCAGAUUGGAAUUCUGGCAACACAGAUGAUGGUGGCCAAUGGAUCAAUGGAAUAGACUUUGGCCCGACAGGAGUGGGGAGUGGGAUUGGGAUGGGCACAGACAUGGUUGGAAAUUUCGGGGCCAUGUUUGACCCAUUUUGGGGAAUUCAUGAUACGGGUCGGAAUGGGAACGGAACAGAUCAAAGUGGUAAUAAUAUGUGA